AUGGCGACUUACACAACUUCUCGUGCGAUCUUCCGAAGCCUAAAAGAUCGACGAAAUACAAUACUCAAAUUCAACCAAAAUGCUUUAUUGAGACCACAUAUAGGAGCCAACAAUGCUAGGCAAGUAUCUGGUUUCUUUUGGCAAGAAUUGAAGCCCAGUAAAUCCAUGAAAAAUCUAUGCGCAGGAGUCGGGAUAGCGACCGGUCUGUUGUUUUCGUCCGUCCUGGUGAAGCAGAACCCCCGAAGAUAUUUGCUCUGUUCGGCGGCGAGUGCCCAGACUCUGGUGCGGUCUACCGCGAAUGAGACGGGUCAACGUUUGCUCUCAGAAGGAGAUGCCUCUCGUCUGAAGCUGACUCUAUACCAAUAUCAAGUGUGUCCAUUUUGCUGCAAACUGAGGGCUUUUCUGGAUUUCUACGGAUUUCCUUAUCAGAUUGUUGAAGUGGAUCCCAUCCGAAGAAAGGAAGUGAAGUUCUCUGAAUAUCGUAAAGUACCAAUCCUGGUGCAAGAAGGACAAGACGGCAACAAAUCACAAAUGAAUGAUUCAUCUGUCAUCAUCAGUGCCCUGACAACCUUCAUGACUACCGAGGAAAAAGACUUCCAGAGGAUUAUCAGCUUCUUCCCUCAGAUCAAUUCUCAAGACAAGAAAGCGUCGACUGAGUUUGCUAAUAAAUAUGAGAUUAUGACAGGCACUCCUGGACGGUCUGAGAGCGAGAAGGAAGAGAAACAAUGGCGAGAAUGGGUGGAUCACGUCUUAGUUCAUUACAUUCCUCCGAACAUCUACCGCAAUCCUUCGGAAUCUAUUCAGGCAUUCUCCUACAUAUCCAGCCACGGGAAAUAUAACGCAAUUGAGAAGUUUGUCAUCAAGUAUGCCGGUGCUAUGGGGAUGUUCUUUGUAGCCAAGAAACUCAAGAAGAAGUAUAAUCUGGACGAUGAUGUAAGGUCUUGUCUGUACGGUGCGGCGAGAGACUGGACUGUGGCUAUCGGAGAUCGUAAAUUCAUGGGAGGAGAAAAACCCAACCUUGCUGAUUUGGCUGUUUACGGUGUGCUUAGUUCAAUAGAAGGUCUGGAUGCGUUUAAUGACAUGCUUCAUCAGACGGAUAUCGGAUCAUGGUAUCAACGCACAAAGAAAGCGGUCAAGAGUCACGCUGGAUCCAGAUGAGUUCAUCAUUCUCUUUUUAUAUUUACUGUAAAUAUAAACACAAUGUCGAU